AUGAUGCAUCAACACGUCAGCACUAGCACGAUUUCGAGGUUGGCACUACAACGCAGCAGUAGAUUGCUCGUCCCCACCUCAGCGUCGAAUCGUCGUGGUCGUGGGGAUCUCAGCCUGUUUGCCCUGCAGCGUCGCCGACUUGUUUGCAGUUCAGGAAUAAAGCGGCUUGGUAGUGGUCCUUAUCCAGUCCACGGCGUCGCUACGUCGACAACGCGCCGGCCGUCGGAUGAAGGGAGGCGCACAACAUCAGCCACAGCAGGUCGUCUUGCCGUGCUUUCAUCGAGUUGUGCGAGGCCGAGCUCCACCACGGACGGAAGACGUCCAAAAAUAUCAGACAGAGGAUCUUCUGGACUCAUACCAUGUUCGUGUUCGCAAUUAUCGUACUCGCAGAGCUUCUUGUCCAGCAGGUCGUCAUGUUUCACCACGACGAAGACCAUAAAAGGCAAUAAAAAUCUGAGCAGUUGCCAACAAGCUACCAUUCGUGAUCUGCUGCUCAACAACCCUGCUCAUCGAAAUUUUGCGGCGGCAGCGACGAGCGCCACCACUUCCGGGGGAUCGGAAGACAUCAAUACAGAAAACCAAAACUCCGGGUCCUCUACCUCUGGUUCUCCGUUCCUCCGCUUCCUCCUUUUUCUCGCAGCCGGCACCGCCGGCGCGACGUUCGCCAUCCAACACGACCUGGGCGAGAUUCGCAGUACCAGUUUCUACGUCUUUUUGGUCGACCAAAUUGGCGUCCCCGCGUUGAAGCAGUUGCUUGACGCCGAGGACGCGCACAACUUCACCUUGCUGUUAUUGCAGAACAAUUUUGGCGUGAAGGACAAGAGCUUUGGGGCUUUCGAAGGGAAAAAUCCUGUAUCUUCACCAACUCCCUCGCUCCGUACAGAAAUCGUUGCCAGAAAUCUACUUGAGACCGAGAAGAAGCAAGCGACGGAGAAAAGAUUUUCGUUUUUUUCCGCAGGGACAACCACUGCCGCUGACAAGAUGAAAGAAGAUGCAACUGCACCAGCAGGUGCUAGUACAAACACAUCCACUACUAGCCUGAUUUUCGACAACCCUAUCGGCAUGGCGGCGGGUUUCGACAAAAACGCAGAGGUUUUUCCCGCUCUGCACGAUAUGGGGUUCGGGUUCGUGGAGGUCGGCGGCGUGACACCCUUGCCCCAGGACGGGAAUCCGCGGCCUCGCUGCUUUCGACUGGUGGACGAUGGAGCGAUCAUAAACCGCUACGGUCUCAACAGCAAGGGACGAGAGCGGGUUUUGGAAAACAUUCAAAGCGCGGCAAGCCGGCAAUCAUACAACAGGCCGUUGGGAUUGAACCUCGCGAAAAACACGACCUCGACCACGCCAGAGCAAAUAUGCAAAAAGAAGAAACUGUGUAUAGUGUACAAUAACAAUUCUCUGAAGAGUGAAGACGGAAUGAAUGCGCGACACGACUUGUUGCACUUGCACUUUUCAUGUCGGAUGUCCCUCAUGGAAAGUCCAGUAGAGCGUGGUCUUUCCAUCAUGAGGGAUUGCGUGUUGUCCUGGUGGCGCAUGACCGGUUUUUUUCUGUCAUGCGAAAACACAAAUUGAAAUUAGUGCAGCUCCAGCUCAUCCUCCAAAAACGCUACACUAGACACUGGUUUUUUUUUGUUGGAUAUCAAACCCUGAAUGACUACUCGCUCGGCGUGCAGACGUUCGGGCCCGUCGUGGAUUUUCUGGUGGUCAAUGUCUCGUGUCUAUCAUGUGUAAAAAUGUCUGGGUCUGGAAGAUUGCCAGGCUUGUCAUGCACAUUUUGCAUGACUCCUGAUGUCUGUGAUGCAUGCCCUAGCAUCACAGAUUUUGUGAGGGCUUCCUGAUGCUUAUACCGCAUGACAAAUGCUCUUUCUGUGUAGCAAAACUUGGAAUCUCUUUGCUGUUCAUACAUGCAAUACAGAUUUUUUUAGAAUCCAAAAUCAGCAUGAUUCCAGACCCAGACAUUUUUACAGUUGAUAGUGUCCGAACGUGGACUGGACCAAGAAGCUCCAGACGAAGGAUAUGACUUGCUCAAACGUUACAAUCUCAAAUAUAGAAUCUGGAAUUUGUGUUGCAUGAUGAGUAUGACAGACUCGCACAGCUUUCCACCUUUUGCAAUACAAAGUUCGCCAGCUCGUCGUGGGGUUCGGGGCUCCGGAAGUUGUCAAGCGCAAUCCUAUGAGACUUGGCGAGAUCAUGCACUCCUGCGUCACAGAUUUCCAUAUUCCAUUCCUAACGCUUGAGAUUGUGCCACCUGAGCGGGUUAUAAAGGACGUCGAAGAAUUGGUCGAAACUGUCGUGAAGGAGAGGAACCAGUAUGGAAAGUAAAUUUCUCGUACGUGUACAAUUGCGGCAUCUGCAUGAUGACAAGAUGAACACUUGCAGUCCGUCCUAAUGAGUCAGCAUGACAAGUGUUGUAGUCUAAAAUAGCUUCAAAAUUUGUAGAUGUACUUUGGACGUGAACGUGUUGAUGUUGUACGGGAGAUUUGCAUAGCAUAAGCAGCUAAAGAGUUCUACUACUGCGAAGAUAAAGCUGCCCUUGGUCUUCCUUAAGAUCGGACCUGAUUAUGAAGAGGAGAAGCUGCGGCAGAUGUGCGACCUCGCUAUGAAAUAUCAUGUGUAUCCACAGAAAAAAAACCCAUCCACAUCCAUUUUUUGCAUGACAAACACAGGAUUUUAUGUAUGUUUUGCAUGACAAAUUGGGUGUGGAUGGGUGUUUUUUCCUGGAUAAUGUGACAAAAAUUUAUAUUUCUUAUUCUUACCCUACAACACGCGCAAGAAGAAAAGAGAGGAAAUGCACCACCAGCACGUCAAAUUUACGUGAUGAAAUUGAGAUAAAGAGAAGAUAAAUAAAAGCACAUGCACAUUUCUCAUGCGGUAUAUGAAGAUAGAGUUAGAGAGCAGUGGGUUUUUGUCUGCAAGUGGGUUGUCAUGCGUACCACAACUUCGAAAAAUUGUGCAGGGUAAGAAGUUGUUAUUUCUUGUGCAUAUGGAAACGAAAGUGGAUGGCCUGGUCGUAUCUAACACUAGCAGCAAACGGGAAGGUAUCAAAGCGCAAAGAUGUGUUACUUAAUCGAUUUGUAUACAACUACUCAAAAAUUGUGAUACUACUUAUUGCACGUGCUGACCAUGCAACACUAUGAGAGCAGAUUAAGCAGGCUGCAGCUUUCCUUGUAUUGCGCACUAGAAGUAGUAGAAUGCAAGGUUAACGGUGCGUUUUUCUUUUUCUGUUGUCCGACUAGAACAAAUACAGCACCUCCACACGAACAAGAUAGAAUUCAAUUCGUAAAAAUGAAAAUCACCACGAAACACGACACAACUUUUUGGUUUGAUAAAAGACGCGUUUCCCGACUAUGGAUGUGUCAGGUUUGAAAUCGACAAAGUUGAAAUAACUUGUAAUGCACAAAAUCGAUACCAGUUGGAAGCCCAAUUUCUAAGCGGUGCAUGACAAAUUUCGGCACCGUGUAAAUCCAGUUUGUCAUGCUGUUUAGGGACAGAAGGCGUCUUUUGUCAUGCUGCUUUAGCAUCUCUGUCGCAGACCCCAAACAGGCUGGCAGUCGGCUUCACUUGCCAUCCCUGCAAGAGAGGCACUUUAUGCCUUGCAUUUUAUGCAUUAACUUUGACGAUUUCAAACCUGACGCUUCCAUACCGACCUGAAGUCAAGUAAAGACCUACUCCACGAAAAGGGCGGCCUGUCGGGAAUGCCCAUCAAGGAAAAAGCGAACGAGUGCUGCAGGAAUUGCUACAAGUUUACCAAGGGCCAGCUGCCGAUCAUCGGUGUGGGCGGAAUCGUAUGAACUGCAAAAGUAUCGUACAAGUAGCAAUUGCAAUACAAAUUAGCUCAGCAUGACAAAUGGAAUUUGUCAUGCUGUUUUGCCUUGGGAUAGACAUUUGUAAUGCAUGACUGCGAUUACUACGAGUGCGAUACUUUUGCACAGGAUAAAUCGCGAGCGGGCAAGACGCGUACGAACGCAUCCGCAACGGCGCCACUGUGGUGCAGCUGUACACAGCUUUGGUUUACCACGGGCCCGGGCUCGUCGGAAAAAUCAAGCGCGAGUUGGCUGACCUGUUGGAAAGGGACGGCUUUAAAAAUGUGCUAGAAGCGGUGGGCAUCGAUGUGAAGAUGUGAUGGGGACCACGAGAGCGGUGAUUUUGAUAUUUUGGGGUUUCAUAUACAACAUUCGGCAGCAGCACGACCAUACUCGGAUCAUGCCAGUGGAAAGACAGAACAAGGACAAGCAGGACUAGAAAAUUUGUAAAUAGUCGAGAUGAAAAAAAAAAAGUAAAUGAAUGCCAUAGAACAACCCCCCGCACACGAAAUAUUUCUCCACAGAUGAAAUCGUUUCCUUUUUUGUUCCUUGCUGUGCCGCCUUUUGACCAAGUCGUAUCUGAUAGAUUUCCGCGGGGGCGCAUCCAGAGCCAAAGCCGAUGCUGCGUG